CUACCUCUCGAUAACGCGCAUGAUUGUCAAGCGUCAUAGCUCAUUCAGAAAGUCCAGUUAGCUAUCAUCUGUUCGCGCUCUAAAAUUUAUAAAAAGUUUUGUUACUUCAACACUCGCAUUAGAUCGUUCGCACGAGAACCGAAUUUUUUCGUCUGUUCGAAUAUUAUAUUCGCAAGUCCAAGUCGAAACUCGUAUCGCAAUAUAAUAUAAAUUUGUUAUUAUUCGUGCAUUAUUGGUGUGAGCGAUUGCACGUGAAUCAUCGGAAAGAUUUGUUAAGAGGAAAACGCGUAGCAGAACCCAAGUUUCUUAUUAUGUGCGCGAAAAUGGCCUUUCAACAUCAGCCGGGUACCGCAAUGGAGUGCCUAAGCAUACCAAUCACAUUACACAAAGAGACAGAAAUUAAUGAGAAUGGCGAAGAAGUAAUGAAAUGUGGUUUUAAAAUUGGUGGUGGAAUCGAUCAAGAUUUCACAAAAAGUCCACAGGGUUAUACGGACAAUGGUAUAUAUGUAACAGAAGUACACGAAGGAUCACCAGCUGCAAAAAGUGGUCUUAGAAUGCAUGAUAAAAUUUUACAAUGCAAUGGGUAUGACUUUACAAUGGUAACUCAUAAGAAAGCAGUUUCUUAUAUAAGAAAGCAUCCAGUGUUAAAUCUUUUAGUAGCUCGUAAAGGUGUCACCAGUACUUAAAGAUAUGCCAAAAGAAAUUUUAUCGAUCAAUAUUUAUUUCUUAAUAUACCUUACGGAGGUGUUUGCCUAUCCAAUCUAUUUUUUCUGCCAAAUAUUAUAGUAGAUAUUAGGAAAAUCUUGAUCCAUUACAUCAAUAUGAAGAUAUCGUUAAAUCAUGUAGCUAAGGAAGUUAAAGUUUGUCUGUUUAUUUUAAAACUGAGACAAGAAGUCAUACUAAUCUGAUAUUGUUAGUUAAUAUUGUUAACACAGUCAAUUUCUUCUGACUUAGAAUUAUCGAGAUCGAGUAUUUCCUCUAAUCCAAUAUUUCUUUUUAAUCUCCAUUCUUAUUCUAAUAAUAUAUACAGUAAAAAUGUUGUGCGCUUUGUCUUUCAUUCCAAUAUGACAAACGUUUCGAGAAAAACGGCGCAAGAAUAGAGUUCUAUUUUAGAAGAAAAUAGUUGAGUUAGAAUAGAGAAAAAAUUAGAUCAGAGGAAUACUAGAAAAGAAAAAAUCAACUGUAUCUUUAUAAAAAAGUAUAAAAAGAGAAAUGCCAAAGUAUAAUAAAAUUGCAUUAAAUUAUAUAUAUCUUUGACUAUAGAAACAUGAAUUGCUGACUUUUUUCUUAUAAAAGAGGGCACUAUUAAGGAUUUAUGUCUAUUGUUAUAUUUUAUGUAUUUUAAAAAUAAAUUUAUGUAUCCUUUCUUUAGUCAAUAAAUCUAAAUAUGACCACUUUACAGUUUCAUAGUCAAAGAUAUGCAUAAUAGGUACAUAAUAUCCACUUUUGUAACUAUAUAUUCUUUAAGUUCAACUGCAGAGCAAAGAGAAUUGAUAUUUGUGUGUGAGAAAAAGAUAUUUAAGAGAAAAUUUUGAAACCUUCCAAAUAUUCAUACUAUGAGUUAUUCUCUCUUUAUAAAGAGUAUGAUAUUUCUUAGAAAAAUUUUACAACAAUUCAGAUCUAUAUUAUUAGUUAUUUUAUUAUAUUUUUUAUCCAUAUUAUUGUAAAACAUUAUUGUGUGAUAAAUUAAUCUACUCCUCUUAAUAUCUAAAAUUAAUGUGGAGUGAAACAUUCCAAGCUAUCUGCCUAACACAUUUACAGAUUUAACAUCGUAUUAUUGAAUAUCAAUAAUCUUUACCAAUUAGAAACUAAAUUUACUUAUGAAGUUUUGUAUUUUUCGCAUGUCUUUUUUAUCUACUUAAUACAGUCUCAAUUAUUAUGAGAUAUAUUAAGAUGUUUCAUGAGGAGUGAUAGAAAUAAUAUAUUCAUAUAAUUUUUCCUAAUUUUCUAUGAAAAUAAAAGGAGAUUAUAAUUGCAUUUUUAACAUUGUUUAGCAAAUAGUCAUGCUGCGAAAUAAUGCGAUACUAUAUGUAAAUAGAAAUAGCAAGCAUCUUUUGUACUUCGUCUCUUUGUUUUUAUCCAAAGGACGAAUUUUUAUGUAUUUUGUAAUUUUUGAUACAAUAUGAAAAGAUAAAAAUAAUUUUAUAUCUUAUCUCUUUUUUUAAGAUGGAUUUUAAAAAAUAUGAUGAAAAAUCGAGAGUUCCUGCAUGAUGUAUGUAAAGACACAUAGCUUUGGGAACAUUAUUAUUACGUAUAUAUAUCCUAGUCUAGUAAAAUGUCUCUCGAAACGUUUCAUAUAUAUAUUAUGUCUACAAUGGAUGUGUAAAAUGUACAGUUGCAAAGUGUAUGUAUACACUUGAAUAUAUAUGUAUGAAUUGUAGAAUACAAUGUUAUGAAAAGCCAAAGAAAUUGUUAAAACCA